ACAAGAUCAGAGGCAUACAAAUCAGAAAGGACUGCAUCAUCCGGGGAUACAUGAGACGCGCAGCGGAGGUGGCUUGCUGCUACUGGAAGGAAGAAAAGGUUGUUCUGAAAGAACAAAAUACUCACAACCUGGGCUGUGCCUGUUAUAGAAGCAUGCUCGUGUAAGAACUCGGGCUGCCAGGCCGUUGCAUGAUUUGGAGAGAAGUUUUUAUUAUUAUUAUUAUUCACAAGGACCGCAACUUUGGUACUAAGGCAUUGGCGGACAUUGCACUGCAGUCAGUCGAGCUGGGCGCGAAUACAAAUACUGUACGGAACUGAGCAGUGAUAGUGACUGAAGCUUAUUAUUGUAUUAUUAAUAUUAUUAUUGUUAUUAUAGAUAUUAUUAUUAUUAUUAUUAGCGUUGUUAUUUUUUGUGAUGAUGGCCACUUACCAAGAUCCUGAAGAUGACGCAAUGACUUUGAUGGUCCAUGACACCAACACUUCCAAGGAGAAAGAGCGACCCAAAGAGGAACCGGGUCCGGAUAAAAGUUCUGAGAAGUCGGACCCGUCCCAAAAACCUCCAUACUCUUAUGUUGCUCUCAUCGCUAUGGCUAUCAGAGAGAGCACCGAAAAGAGGCUUACCUUGUCGGGUAUCUACCAGUACAUCAUCAGCAAGUUCCCUUUCUACGAGAAGAACAAGAAAGGCUGGCAAAACAGCAUCCGCCACAACCUGAGCUUGAACGAGUGUUUCAUUAAGGUGCCGAGGGAAGGCGGUGGGGAAAGGAAGGGUAACUACUGGACUCUGGACCCCGCAUGUGAAGACAUGUUUGAGAAGGGCAACUACAGGAGAAGACGGAGGAUGAAGAGGCCUUUCAGACCCCCUCCGACUCACUUCCAGCCGGGGAAGACUCUGUUCGGCGGUGACGGCUAUGGUUAUCUUUCUCCCCCAAAAUACUUGCAAUCCAGCUUCAUGAACAACUCUUGGUCGCUGACCCAGCCUCCCACUCCAAUGUCUUACACGUCUUGCCAGAUGGCAAGUGGCAACGUCAGCCCAGUUAAUAUGAAAGGACUGUCAUCGCCCACCUCGUACAAUCCUUAUUCUAGAGUCCAAAGCAUGACUUUACCCAGCAUGGUGAAUUCCUACAACGGGAUGAGCCACCACCACCACCCCCAUCCUCACCACCCUCAGCAGCUAAGCCCGGGGACCGCUGCACCUCCUCCGGCCUCCUCAACAAACGGAGCCGGCCUUCAGUUUGCUUGCUCCCGUCAACCAGCGGAGCUCUCCAUGAUGCACUGUUCAUAUUGGGACCACGAGAGCAAACACAGCGCGUUGCAUACAAGAAUAGACAUUUAAAUUACUGGAUAUCAGCUAUCUAAGAACUACCCAAACAGCGACGACAACCGCCACAAAAAUAACCAGCGAAAACAUUUUCUAAACGGUGAUUAUGGAUUCUGUUACAAAUAAUGUCUGUGCCAAAGUUAUUUGCACUGGGAAUCCUGCGCCCUGUUUGAUUCAAGGCAGUGUAAGUUACGAGACAUUCUCUACUUAAAAAGCUAGAAACAGAUUCUGGAAGCCCGUGUUUGUUAUUGCCCCGACUGUUUAGGAUUCGAAGAUUUUUUUUUUUUUAACGUGAUACAAGAAUGUUGGUCGUCCAUUUCCAUAAGGGUGGUAGUACGUUAAUUAAAACCCACUGCCGUGCUUGAUGUGAUAUAUAUAUAUAUAA